AUGGCAAGCAACGAAACAAAUUCAUCAGCUCUGCCCCUAAUUCCAAUCUUUAAAGGGGAGAAUUAUCACUUCUGGAGCCUCAAAAUGAAGACCAUGUUCACAUCUCAAGAACUAUGGGACUUGGUGGAGAAGGGAUUUGAAGACACAAAUCCGACCGAGCCCGAUCAACGGUUGCGAGAAACCCAUAAGAAGGAUGCAAAGGCUCUGUUCCUCAUUCAACAGGCUCUUGAUGAAAAAAUUUUUCCAAGAAUUGCAGCAGGUAGCACCUCCACUCAAGCAUGGGAGAUUCUAAAGCAAGAAUUUUUGGGCGACAAGAAGGUAAUUACUAUAAAACUACAGACCCUUCGUCGUGAUUUUGAAACGUUGGCCAUGAAAGAAAAAGAAUCUGUGCAAGUAUUUUUAUCUAAGGUGUCUGGGAUUGUUAAUCAUAUGAAGUCAUAUGGUGAAAAUGUUAGUAAUGAAACUGUUGUGAGUAAGGUUUUGAGGAGUUUAACCUCAAAAUUCGAUCAUGUAGUUGCUGCAAUUGAAGAGUCUAAAGACUUGUCUACUUAUAAUUUUGAUGAAUUAAUGAGUUCUCUAUUAGCCCAUGAAGUUAGGCUAAGAAGAUCCUAUGAAAAGGUUGAGGAGAAGGCUUUUCAUGUUAAGGGGGAGUCUUCUUACAAGGGAAAGUUAGAAAAUUCAGGAGGCCGGGGACAGAGCAGAGGUGGUCGAGGUCAUGGUGGCGGUAGAGUAAGAGGCCAAUUUGGUGAUCAACGCCAACACAAAAGCACCAUCCAAUGCCGGUAUUGCAAGAAAUUGGGUCACAAAGAAGUAGGCUGUUGGGUCAAGCAGAAAGAUGAGCAGAAACAAGCCAAUUUUACAGAGAAAGUUGAAGAGGAGAGCAAGCUAUUCACGGCUCAUUCUCCUAUUGAUAAUGCUUCCAAUGGAGUGUGGUUUCUGGACAGUGGAUGCUCCAGCCAUAUGUCUGGAACAAAGUCUCUUUUUAAAGAACUUGACAAGUCGCAAAAAAGUGAAGUUCGACUCGGAGACAACAAGCAAAUGCAAGUUGAAGGGAAAUGUACAAUUGCCAUCAAAACCUCACAAGGUAAUGUAAAACUCCUCCAUGAUGUGCAAUAUAUUCCUAAUUUAGCUCAUAAUUUGUUGAGUGUUGGGCAAUUGAUAGAUGGUGGAUACUCUAUUUUGUUUGAUGAUGGUUGUUGUUCUGUUCAAGAUAAGAAAACAGGACAUAUAAUAGUUAGCAUUCCUAUGGCACAAAAUAAAAUGUUUCGGUUAAAAGUCUCUGAAGUAAGAAAUUAUACCUUGAUUGCUAGAGCUAUCGAUGCAAAAGCUGUGUCUAUGGGAAACAAAGUAGAAAUUCAUUUCCUGUUGAAAAGUCAUGAAGGGCUUCUGAUUGUCUUGAAUUGCCGCAUGAGUUGGGUGUAUUUCUUGAAAUUCAAAUCAGAAACUUUUGAAACUUUCAAGAAAUUCAAAGCAUUAGUGGAGAAGCAAAGUGGGCAUUGUAUAAAGGUGCUCUGUUCUGAUAGAGGUGGUGAAUUUACUUCUAAUGAAUUUAAUGUUUUCUGUGAAGAAAAUGGCAUUCACAGGGAGUUGACGGCACCAUAUUCACCGGAGCAAAAUGGUGUGGUUGAGUGGAAGAAUCGAACGGUGGUUGAAAUGGCAAGAAGCAUGAUGAAAGCAAGUGGUGUUCCUAAUCAGUUUUGGGCAGAAGUAGUGGCAACAACAAUAUAA